AUGGGUGGCAACCAGUCAUGGGUCACAGAAUUCACCCUGGUGGGAUUCCAGCUCAGUGCAGAGAUGGAGGUGCUCCUCUUCUGGAUCUUCUCCCUGUUAUAUGUCUUCAGCCUGUUGGCAAAUGGCACGAUCUUAGGACUCAUCUUUCUGGAUAAGAGACUGCACACCCCCAUGUAUUUCUUUCUCACACAUCUGGCUGUCAUUGACAUGUCCUAUGCUUCCACCAAUGUCCCCAAGAUGCUGGCAAACCUAGUGAGCCAGAAAAGAACCAUCUCUUUUGUUCCAUGCAUCAUGCAGACAUUUUUCUAUUUGGGUUUUGGUGCUACUGAAUGCCUGAUAUUGGUGGUGAUGUCCUAUGACAGGUUUGUGGCCAUCUGCCACCCUCUCCAUUACACUGUCAUCAUGAGCUGGAGAGUGUGCACCGUCUUGAUUGUCAUUUCCUGGACAUGUGGAUUUAUCCUGGCCCUGGUAAAUGCAAUUCUCCUUCUAAGAUUGCCCUUCUGUGGGCCCAGGAAGGUGAACCACCUUUUCUGUGAAAUUCUGUCUGUCCUCAGGCUGGCCUGUGCUGACACCUGGGUCAGCAAAGUGGUCUUGUUUGCUGCCUCUGUGUUUUUCUUUGUGGGGCUCCUUUGCUUAAUGCUCGUGUCCUACAUGCACAUCAUCUGGGCCAUCCUGAAGAUCCAGUCAAAGCAGGGCCGCAUGAAAGCCUUCUCCACCUGUUCUUCCCACCUCUGUGUGGUUGGGCUCUUCUUUGGCAUAGCCAUGGUGGUUUAUAUGGUCCCAGACUCUAAGGAACGAGAGGAGCAGGAGAAAAUGUUGUCCCUAUUUCACAGUCUUUUUAAUCCAAUGCUGAAUCCUCUCAUCUACAGUCUGAAGAAUGCUCAGGUGAAGGAUGCCUUCCACAGAGCAUUGCAGAAGAUGAGGUCCAUAUGA